AAAUACCUCUCGUGCUAUGAGCUCAAAGACAAAGCCGUAAGGACACACGAAUUCUCCGUCCCAGCGGCAGGUGUUGACGUCAAUACCACCACUUCAGUUUCUCAGGACUGGCCUCUGACUACUAUUCGGGGAUGAACGCACCAAUGAGGAGCCUCACCGGUAUGCCUGAUCGCAUGUUUUGUGCCGUGCUGGAGCAAUUUCAGCUUUACUUUUCCCGUUGAUCCACUCCCUGUACAGCACGGCCAGCCCCAGCAUGCUGAAGCGCAAGCAGAGCUCGCGGGUGGAGGCCCCGCCCGUGACCGACUUUGGGCCCGACGAGACGCUCACGGACAGCGCCGACAUCCUCUGGAUAAACAAGGCAUGGGUUCAUUCACUCCUCCGAGCCUGUGCCAUCAUCAGCGUCAUCUCUGUGUGCAUGAACACGCCGAAGACAUUCGAGCACUAUCCCCCGCUGCAGUAUGUAACUUUCACCCUGGACACCCUCCUCAUGUUCCUCUACACUGCUGAGAUGAUCGCCAAGAUGCACAUCAGGGGCAUUGUCAAGGGUGAUAACUCCUACAUGAAGGACCGCUGGUGCAUGUUCGAUGGCUUCAUGGUGAUCUUCCUCUGGGUCUCACUCGUACUGCAGGUGUUUGAGAUUGCGAUGAUUGUGGACCAGAUGUCUCCGUGGAGGAUGCUGAGGAUCCCCCGAGCCCUCAUCAUGAUCAGAGCGUUCCGCAUCUACUUCCGCUUUGAGCUACCCCGCAGCCGAAUAAACAACAUCCUCAAGCGGUCUGGCGAACAGAUCUGGAGCGUGUCCAUCUUUCUGCUGUUUUUCCUCCUGCUCUACGGAAUUCUGGGAGUUCAAAUGUUUGGCACAUUCAAUUACCACUGUGUGACCAAUGACACUGUGAAAGGGCAGGUGUCAUGGAACGACCUGGCCAUCCCCGACACACACUGCUCUCCGGAUGGCGAGGGCUACCAGUGCCCUGUGGGCUUCAAGUGUGUGGACCUGGAGGACUUCGGCCUUAACAGGCAACAGCUGGGAUACAGCGGCUUCAACGAGCUCGGCAGCAGCAUCUUCACGGUGUACGAGGCUGCGUCUCAGGAGGGCUGGGUGUUCCUCAUGUACCGUGCCAUCGACAGCUUCCCACGCUGGCGCUCCUACUUCUACUUCAUCACCCUCAUCUUCUUCCUCGCCUGGCUCGUCAAGAAUGUCUUCAUUGCGGUCAUCAUCGAGACCUUUGCUGAGAUCCGCGUCCAGUUCCAGCAGAUGUGGGGGUCCCGCAGCAGCACCACCUCCACAGCCACAAGUCAGAUGUUCCAUGAGGAUUCAACAGGGGGGUGGCAGCUGGUGGCAGUGGAUGUCAACAAGCCUCAUGGUCGAGCCCCCGCCUGCCUCCAGCAACUGAUCCGCUCCUCGGUGUUCCACAUGGCCAUCCUGAGCGUGGUUGCCCUGGACGUGAUCGUCGCUGCCAGCAACUACUACAAGGGCGAAAACUACACCCGAGUCUAUGACGAGUUCUACUUAGCAGAGGUGGUGUUCACGGUGCUGUUUGACCUGGAGGCGCUGCUGAAGAUCUGGUGCCUGGGCUUCGGCGGCUACAUCAGCUCUUCACUGCACAAGUUUGAGGCCCUGUUGGUGGUGGGUACCACCCUGCACAUCUACCCGGACCUUUACCACUCACAGUUCACCUACUUCCAGGUGUUGCGGGUGGUGCGUCUGAUUAAGAUCUCCCCGGCGUUGGAGGACUUUGUGUAUAAGAUCUUUGGUCCAGGGAAGAAGCUGGGCAGCCUGGUGGUGUUCACGGCCAGCCUGCUCAUCGUCAUGUCUGCUAUUAGCCUGCAGAUGUUCUGCUUCGUGGGGGAGCUGGACCGCUUCACCACCUUUCCCAGGGCGUUCAUGUCCAUGUUCCAGAUCUUGACGCAGGAGGGCUGGAUAGACGUGAUGGAUCAGACCCUGGUGGCGGUGGGGGAACCCUGGGCUCCCGUGGUGGCCAUCUAUUUCAUCCUCUACCAUCUCUUCGCCACCCUGAUUCUUCUCAGUUUGUUUGUGGCGGUCAUCCUUGACAAUCUCGAGUUGGACGAAGACCUCAAGAAACUGAAGCAGUUGAAGCAGAGCGAGGCCAAUGCCGACACCAAGGAGAAGCUGCCGCUGCGUCUCCGCAUCUUUGAGAAGUUCCCCAACCGUCCGCAGAUGGUUAAGAUCUCCAAACUGCCUUCCGACUUCUCCGUGCCCAGGAUCAGGGAGAGUUUCAUGAAGCAGUUCAUUGAUCGUCAGCAGCAGGACCCCAGCUGCCUGUUCAGACGGCUCCCCUCGGCAUCCUCCUCCUCCUGCGACCACUCCAAGAGGUCGGCCAUAGAGGACAGCAGAUACAUCGACCAGAAGCUGCGCAGAUCCACAUUCAGCAUCCGGGCACGCAAUCUUCUGGAGAAGGAGACGACCGUCAACAAAAUUUUAAGAGCCUGCACUAGACAGCGUAUGCUGAGUGGUUCUCUAGAGGGGCAGCCGGCCAAGGAGCGCUCCAUUCUGGGAGUUCAGCACCACAUCCGACAGGAGCGCAGAUCCCUAAGGCACGGCUCAACCAGCCAGAGAAUCACGCGGGGGAAGUCCCUGGAAACCCUAACCCAAGAUCACUCCAGCACAGUCCGAUACCGCAACGCCCAGAGAGAAGACAGUGAGAUCAAGAUGAUCCAGGAGAAGAAAGAACAGGCCGAGAUGAAACGAAAAGUCCAGGAGGAGGAGUUGCGUGAGAACCACCCCUACUUCGACAAGCCCCUCUUCAUCGUGGGCAGAGAGCACCGCUUCAGGACCUUCUGCAGGACCAUCGUGAGAGCCAGAUUCAAUGUGAUGAAACCAGACCCCAUCACUGGAGCUGUGAAGCACACCAAGUAUCACCAGCUGUAUGAUCUCCUGGGGAUGGUCACCUACCUGGACUGGGUGAUGAUCGUGGUCACCAUCUGUUCCUGCAUCUCUAUGAUGUUUGAGUCGCCCUUCACCCGCAUCAUGCAUGUGCCCACCUUGCAGAUUGGCGAGUACGUGUUUGUGAUCUUCAUGAGCAUCGAGCUGAACCUGAAGAUCAUGGCUGACGGCCUCUUCUUCACCCCCACCGCUGUCAUCAGGGACUUUGGUGGAGUCAUGGACAUCUUUAUUUACCUGGUGAGCCUGAUCUUCCUGUGCUGGCUGCCCAACAACGUGCCCCCGGAGUCGGGCGCCCAGCUGCUGAUGAUGCUGCGCGCGCUGCGGCCCCUGCGCAUCUUCAAGCUGGUGCCCCAGAUGAGGAAGGUGGUGCGCGAGCUGCUCAAGGGCUUCAAAGAGAUCUUCCUGGUCUCCAUUCUCCUGCUGACGUUAAUGCUGGUGUUUGCAAGCUUUGGCGUUCAGCUCUUCGCUGGAAAGCUUGCCAAGUGCAACGAUCCCAAUAUUGAGAGACGGGGGGACUGCCACGGCAUCUUCAGGAUCAAUGUGAGUGUCUCCAAGAACCUGAACAUCAAGCUGAGGGAAGGGGAGAGGAAGCCAGGCUUCUGGGUGCCAAGAGUCUGGGCCAACCCUCGUAACUUUGACUUUGACAACGUGGGCAAUGCCAUGCUGGCGCUGUUUGAGGUGCUGUCUCUGAAGGGCUGGGUGGAGGUGCGCGACGUCAUCAUCCACCGAGUGGGCCCCAUUCAUGGCAUCUACAUUCACGUGUUUGUAUUUCUUGGCUGCAUGAUCGGACUGACGCUGUUUGUGGGAGUGGUCAUCGCAAACUUCAAUGAGAAUAAGGGUACUGCUCUGCUCACAGUGGACCAGAGGAGAUGGGAAGACCUGAAAAGCCGCCUGAAGAUCGCCCAGCCCCUUCACCUCCCACCCAGACCAGAAAAUGGCGUCUUCCGUGCCAAGAUGUAUGACAUCACACAGCACCCGUUCUUCAAGAGGGGCAUCGCGGUGCUGGUGUUGGCUCAGUCCCUUCUGCUGUCUGUCAAGUGGGACGUUGAUGACCCUGUCACGUUUCCGCUGGCCACCAUGUCUGUCGUAUUCACUUUAAUAUUCGUGCUAGAGGUGACCAUGAAGCUGAUAGCCAUGUCCCCAGCUGGCUACUGGCAGAGCCGCAGGAACAGGUACGACCUGCUGGUCACCUCCCUUGGGGUGGUCUGGAUCGUGCUCCACUUCUCCUUACGGAAUGAAUACACCUAUAUGAUGGGCGCCUGUGUGAUCGUGCUGAGGUUCUUCACCAUCUGUGGGAAGCAUGUGACUCUGAAGAUGCUGCUGCUGACGGUGGUGGUGAGCAUGUACAAGAGCUUCUUCAUCAUCGUGGGCAUGUUCAUCCUACUGCUCUGCUACGCCUUCGCCGGGGUCGUGCUCUUUGGCACCGUCAAGUACGGCGAAAACAUCAACAGGCACGCUAACUUCUCCACAGCAGGCAAGGCCAUCACUGUGCUGUUCCGUAUUGUCACCGGUGAGGACUGGAACAAGAUCAUGCAUGACUGCAUGGUGACAGCUCCGUUCUGCACGCCGGAUAAGCACCGCUACUGGGAGACGGACUGUGGCAACUACGCUGGAGCCCUCAUCUACUUCUGCUCCUUCUACGUCAUCAUUGCCUACAUCAUGCUCAACCUGCUCGUAGCUAUCAUUGUGGAGAACUUCUCUCUCUUCUACUCGACUGAGGAGGACCAGCUGCUCAGUUAUAAUGACCUGCGACACUUUCAAAUCAUCUGGAACAUGGUGGACGACAAGCGGGAGGGUGUGAUCCCCACGUCCCGUGUGAAGUUCCUGCUGCGCCUGCUGCGGGGGCGGCUGGAGGUGGACCUGGACAAGGACAAGCUGCUCUUCAAGCACAUGUGCUACGAGAUGGAGCGCCUGCACAACGGAGGGGACGUCACCUUCCAUGACGUGCUCAGCAUGCUGUCGUACCGCUCGGUGGACAUCCGCAAGUCUCUGCAGGUGGAGGAGUUGCUGGCUCGAGAGCAGCUGGAGUACACCAUAGAAGAAGAAGUGGCCAAGCAGACCAUACGCAUGUGGCUCAAGAAGUGCCUCAAACGCAUACGCGCCGAGUCACUGGAUGAAGAAAUAAUAUCUAAAUAUCUAAAUGGGACCUUCCUGGACUCCCUGGAUGAAGAGAUAAUGUAUCUCAAUGGGACAUUCCUGAAACAGCAGCAGUCGUGCAGCAUCAUCCAAAGCCUGAGAGAAGAGCAGAAGAUCCAGCACCCGUUCCUCCCUCCCAGCAUCACGCUGCCCAGCGAGGAUCUCUACCCCAACAACCAGGACAACCCCUCUCAGCCAGAGAACAGCGAUCUGCAGCAGAUGCUCAGCCCCACACUGUCGACCGGCAGCAGCCUCCGCCAGGACUCCUUGGAGUACGGACGGCCACAGAGGAAGCUGGGACAGUGGCGCCCACCAGGCCGCACCAGCCGCAGGUCCAUAGGGACGAUGAAGAUGAACCCGGUGAGCGACCAGCCGUCGUCGGGGUCGGAGGUCAAGAAGUGGUGGACGCGCCAGCUGACCGUGGAGAGCGACGAGAGUGGCGAGGACGACGACUUGACCGACUGAGCCAAUAGGAAGGAGCACAGUGCAGGGCUGGACUGGUAAUCUGGCAUACAGGGCAUUUUCCGACAGUCCCCAAGGCCACCGAUACUGUUAUUUUUUUAUUGUUUAUUGUUUUAAGAGACUGGCCCAAGGUUUAGAAGGGGUGACCCAUUGUUCCAUCUUCAAUGUAAACGAUGGACUGAGUGGAAGAGGAUAUAGUACGGAAACUGUUUGUACUGAGGUACCAGUGUAAGCUUGUCUGGCAGCAAACGCCAUACUAAAUCACAAGUGAUGUCCAGCAAUUCGAAAAGAAUGCGCAAGGCAGCAUGGGUACUCCCAGGCUAAGUGUAAGCCAAAAAUGCCCAGUCCAGCCCUGCAAGAGUUGGAGGAGGAAGAGGGUAAAAUAUGGGGUGUCAAUAUAACUGUUUAAGAGUUGAACUCAACUCCAUUUCAGAUCACUUUUGGUCCCACUCAAAACAUUUGGAACAUGGAACUAUGGAACAUUGACUCCACAGUGUUGUAAAUACUCUAUCUGGAGUUAUAAAAGUUAUAAAAGUUUACUCUGAAAUG